UCCCUGAGAAAUCAUGGCUGGAAAAGAUGGCUUAACGAAACUAGACGUGGGCGUAUUAAGUGCUGAGCAGCAGGAGACAUUGCGACAGUUUAAGGUGAGGACGAGAAUCGACAAUGAGAUAUAUUUGCGAUCUCAUCCUGAAGUAGAGGAACUCAUAGGUGACUUUUUAAGGGACAUGCUCCUUAAAAGGCCGAGUGAUAUUCGUGAGUUUGCUGCAGAUUACUUCUCCAGCCUUAAGACUCCAACUGACCCCAGGAUGGAAGGAAACAGUGACAUGGAGUAA